UGGGCACCGUGACGUCACAAGGCUGCGGCGCGCUCGGUGUUUGUUAUGAUUCGACUUAAGAACGGUUUGGGUUUUAAGCGUUUAAAUGAAUGCAACACGUUCAAGCUAUUUUACAGGUUUAGCAAACGAUGUAAAGUGGCGUCGUUAUUACUGAAUGUAAGAUUGUAAUACUUUAUCUAACGAUGCGUCUCGUUUCGCUCGCUGUAUCGUCGGUCAGUUUAUACACUCAGUCACUGGCAAAGCUGAAUGAGACGCUCCCAGAGGCUUAGUGUGCAGUUAUUUAUUUUUCUGCUAAUUAUUCUCUUAAACACACAGAGAUCCACGUGACACUCUAUUAUGAAGAUGUCGUGUAUUAAAGCGGAGAGUGAAGACAUAAGGAUUGAGGAAGUGUUCAGUCUGAAACGUGAAGAGACUGAGGAAGAUACAGGUCUGCGUAUACAAGACAAACUGCAACCCGGAUGGCUUUCACAUGGUGAUCUGAUGAUUUUAUAUUGUGAUCAAUCUACUUUUCAAGCGAACCGAUGGUGCUGAUAGAGGAGAGUAAAGAUCGGUAUAAGAAUCAUGAAUUCAGUACUGAAGAAAAAUCUUUUAGUUGUUCACAGACUGAGACUUCCUCACAAAAAAAACCUAAAAGGGACUCGGAUUAGAAAACGCGUGAUCUGCUCAGAGUGUGGAAAGUGGAUAAGCAAUCAGAGAAACCUUACCGUCCACAUGAGGACUCACACUGGAGAGAAGCCUUUCACCUGCCCUCAGUGUGGAAACCGGUUCAGUCAGCAGGGAAGCUUUGAUAGACACAUGAGAGUUCACAGCGGAGAGAAGCCUUACAGCUGUGAACUGUGUGGAAAGAGCUUCACUGCACAGAUCAACCUUGACUACCACAUGAACAGUCACACUGGUGAAAAGCCGUUUUCAUGCGAUCAGUGUGGAAAGCGCUUCAGACAUAAAGCAACCGUUAAAAAUCACAAGAAGAUUCAUUCGAGACAGGAGCGUUUUUAUAGUGGUCAGACUCUCAAGGUUCACAUGAUAAUUCACACAGGAGAGAGGCCUUUCGCCUGCCUCGAGUGUGGACAGAGAUUCAAACUGAAAGCCUCCCUUCAGACUCACAUGAGCGUUCACAGUGAAGAAAGGGCCUUUCACCUGCCCAAUGUGUGGAAAGAGAUGCAAACUCAAGGGAAACCUUAG